AUGAUUCCCACGGACUCGAUCGUUAAAAUCCUGGCUACUCACCACCCCCUAGGUGGAGUGGGAAACCAGCACCAAUCGCACACGGAGCAACCGGGGAAUCUAAAGCCACGACGAGAGCCCUUCCCUGCCUGGAGUGUUGUCGACGAGGUAAAGAAGACAGCAGCCCAUGAAUAUGAGGCUGCCAGUCAGACGGCGCAGAACAAGGCCGGCAAGAUUGAGCUUUGGACUCCCAAGUACUAUGCCGCCUGUACUUUCGGUGGACUUCUUGCAUGUGGUCUUACCCACACGGCUGUUACGCCCUUGGAUCUGAUCAAAUGUCGCCGUCAAGUUGACCCUAAGCUCUACAAGAGCAAUAUGCAGGCGUACAGCAAGAUUCGUGCAGCUGAGGGUCUGCGCGGCGUGUUCACUGGUUGGGGCCCCACGUUUUUCGGUUACAGUGCCCAAGGAGCAUUCAAAUAUGGUGGAUACGAGUUCUUCAAGAAGUUUUAUAGUGACCUUGUUGGCCAGGAACGUGCCACCAAAUACAAGACUUCGCUGUACCUUGUCGCCAGUGCUUCGGCCGAGUUGAUCGCUGAUGUAGCCCUCUGUCCUUUCGAAUCCGUCAAAGUACGGAUGCAAACUACCAUUCCACCCGAUAUCAAAGGAACCUUCAGUGGUAUCUCCAGCGUGGUAGCCAAGGAGGGAGUGUCCGGGCUGUACAAGGGUCUGUACCCACUCUGGGGCCGACAGAUCCCCUACACUAUGAUGAAGUUUGCUUCUUUUGAGACCAUUGUGGAGAUGAUUUAUCACACUCUGCCUGGACAAAAGUCCGAUUACAAUAAGGGUGCCCAGACCGCUGUUGCUUUCAGCGCUGGUUACUUGGCGGGUAUUCUCUGUGCUGUCGUGUCGCAUCCUGCUGACGUGAUGGUGAGCAAGCUGAAUGCUAAUCGCCAGGCUGGGGAGGCAUUCGGUGCUGCGAUGAGCCGUAUCUACGGUGACAUUGGCUUCCGGGGGUUGUGGAAUGGUCUACCCGUUCGUAUCGUUAUGAUUGGUACCCUGACUGGUCUCCAGUGGAUGAUUUACGAUUCAUUCAAGAUCUUCAUGGGUCUCCCGACUACCGGUGGAGGCGGCGAGCAGAAGAAAACCCAGUAA